UUUGCGUUGAAAUUCGUUCAAUGAACCGCACAACUCAUUUCACUCAAGCUUGCGCUCAUUGUUUCUGCGCUACGCAAGCCUGGCAUAAGGCAGUCGCGUUUUUAUCAGCAAACGUGGCUAAGUCUCAAUACUGAUCAUGAUGCUCCACCAGACGAACUGAUAUAUAUCCUCAGCUGAAAAUGCAUUUUUCUCAGAAAACCAAAACCUUCAGCCAGCUGCAGGUCUUACAGCUGAGCUUCUUGUUCACAGAGUGACUUUUCUCUAUUCUAUAGGACAUGCAGCGCACUCAAAAGGCUUCGUCGUCUUCGGAUUCAUCACCUUCAUCGACUCCUCCGGGAAGUCAUGCUCUUCAGCCGACCGCGAUUCGUCCAGAAUCAAAGGCGGAGCUAAAACCGUUGUUCACGCAGAAACCCCUGUCUUUUUCAGAUCGGGAGAAGAAGCCUUCUCCACCUCCGCGCAAGCGCAGGAGGGCAGUGGUCCCGGAAACCCCCGCUUUGACCUUCAAUCCUUCUCAGAGAAUGAUACCAACAGGGCGACAGGAGCCUCCACAGACACCGGUGUCGCAGACUACACCUAUUUCAUCUACCAACGAAUGCCCCGGUUGGGUGUCUGACGAAGUUGACGACCAACCACCCCCUGAUACCUCCGUGUAUUCUCACCCCACCGCUUUCAAACGCCCUCGCACCUCGAGUGGUAGCGACGACUCACCACAGUUCCCUGGUUAUCCUGCCACAUACUACAACAACUUCAGGACUCCGGAUACAACGGAUCAUCAAGAUUCUCCAUUGUCUGGAGGAAGUUCUUCUCCAGCCAAUUCCUUCGGCUCAUCUCCAGUACAUCACCCUUAUGGACCAGAGAUUGAAUACCAGCCUUUUCAUCAGGAGAUGACGGGACAAAAUGCUGCAGAUUACACGCAACUACGUAGAGAAGCCUACCGAGACCCUGGCUACCCACCUCAAGAGGGUGUCUGGCCUUACUAUUCCAAUAAUGUGUAUCGCGAUUAGCCGCUUUAGACCCUUAUAUUGUUUGUCAAGAGUCUCCCUUGACUGCAUCACUGGUUGAUGUUCUUUGGACAAGAGUAAACUAGUUUGACCUGAGCGUAGUGGUAUUGGUGGAUUUUUUGCAGAGCCGUAUAUCUUGACCCUUUUACUUAGAUGGCGUCGUGCGUCCGAUUUUACUUGUCCAUACCGAAUUUUCUGCGUAUUUGUCUUCGCCUUCUAAUUACAGUUCCUACGAAUAUUAUUACUGG